GGGAGUUAGCCGGAGGCUUCGGCGCGGGCGCGCAGUCUGCAGAGCGGUGGCAGCGGCGGCGGCGGCAGCGACAGCGCGGAGUACUGGGUCCGCCGCUGUCAUGGCCACAGUUCGGGAGAAGGCGGAGGCGCUGAACCUGUCGGCUCUACACAGCGCUGCACAGAGGCCUCCGGGUUUCAGUGUGGCCCAGAAGCCAUUUGGAGCCACAUAUGUGUGGAGCAGUAUUAUAAGUACCCUUCAAACCCAGGUAGAAGUGAAGAAACGAAGGCACCACUUGAAACGGCACCAUGACUGCUUCGUCGGCUCCGAAGCCGUAGACGUCAUUUACUCGCACUUAACUCAGAAUAAAUUCUUUGGUGAUGUUGAUAUCCCUCGGGCCAAAGUGGUGAGAGUAUGCCAGGCACUUAUGGACUACAAAGUAUUUGAAGCUGUUCAAACCAGAGUCUUUGGAAAAGACAAAAAGCCUACGUUUGAAGACAGCAGUUGCAGCCUUUAUAGAUUCACAACGAUACCUAAUCAGGACAGUCAAUCAGGCCGAGAGAGCAGAGUGUACUCGCCUUCCAGGUACGCAGAUGCAUCACCCAAGUCAUCAGAUAUCAACUCAGACAGUUUGGAGGACCUGUGGGAAAACCUGAGUCUAAAGCCUGCCAACUCCCCUCACACGAAUCUCUCUACCAGGCUGUCUCCUCAAGUUAUCAAUGAAGUAUGGCAAGAGGAGACGAUUGGACGGCUGCUACAACUGGUCGACCUUCCAUUUCUUGACUCCUUACUCAAGCAGCAAGAGGUUGUGCCUAAAGCCCCUCAGUCUAAGAGACAGCCUGACAUGGUCAACACCAGUAACUACCUGGAUCGAGGAAUUCUCAGGGCCUAUGGUGACUCUCAGGAAGAUGAAUGGAUCUCUGCAGCCAUUGACUGCUUGGAAUAUCUUCCCGACCACAUAGUUGUGGAUAUAAGCAGGAAUUUUCCUGAGCAACCAGACAGAACAGACCUAGUAAAGGAACUUCUGUUUGAUGCUAUUGGCAAAUAUUAUAGUACUAGGGAGCCUCUGUUAAACCACCUGUAUGAUGUUCAUAAUGGAAUAGCAGAACUCCUGGUAAAUGGGAAGACUGAAAUAGCAUUAGAAGCUACUCAGCUGUUUCUGAAGCUUCUGGAUUCCCAAAAUAGGGAAGAAUUUAGAAGACUGCUUUACUUCAUGGCUGUUGCAGCAGAUCCUUCUGAAUUUAAGUUGCAGGAAGAAAGUGACAAUCGGAUGGUAGUGAAAAGGGUAUUCUCAAAAGCUGUUGUCAACAAUAAAAACUUAUCCAAAGGCAAGACUGAUCUUCUUGUACUCUUCUUAAUGGAUCACCAAAAAGAUGUUUUCAAGAUUCCUGGAACUCUACAUAAAAUUGUUAGUGUUAAGCUUCUGGCCAUACAAAAAGGAAGAGAUCCUAAUAAAGACACAGGCUAUAUUUAUUGCCAGAGAAUUGAUGAAAGUGAGUAUUCUAGUGGUACAAAGAAGAAAACCAAAGAUCAACUGUUGAGCUUACUAAAGACUAUUGAUGAGGAUUCAAAAAUCUCUGCCAAAGAGAAGAAGAAACUGCUAGGCCAAUUCCGCAAGAGUCAUCCAGACAUCUUCAUUGAGUAUUUUGGAGACUGAGUUUCUAAUGUCAAUGUAUAUGUGCACUUGUAUCUUAAGGGCAAAUUAUACAGUUUAAAGAAAUGUCUAAAUAUGAAGUUGUGCUUUUUUUUUUAAAGUUGUACUUAAUAAAAUUUUUU